GAUACUCAGGAUACUCUUACAAUCACAGUCUACUGUUAAUGAGCAUCACCUGCUUUGUCCCUCCUUUUCACCCUUCUGUAAGAGCACCAUUUAGACUCUAAAACUGAAGACUUCAUAUAAAUAGAAUGAUCUGCCUCCAAACCAUUUUUGAAGCUGCAAGAAAUCGAGGGGAAAAGGAGUUCUCCACCCGAAAAGCCAGUAUCAUGUUUCUGCUACUGAUUCAGCUGCUGAUUUCAUGCUCUGGAACAAAAGAGCAACCGGAAGAACUGCAGAAAAAAAGAGGAGAAAUUCCCCACUUUUUGACUCAAUAUUUGCUAGUGAAAGAUUUAGAAAAUAAUGAGGGCAUUUCAGAACUUGGUCUGUUUGGGGCAAACUCACUGGCAGAGACGACGAACAUGAAGAAAGAUGAAUCCCAAAGGCCCAAGUUUGUUUCCCCAUAUACAGAUGCAAUUCAAGUUGUUGGAAGCUGGGUUACCACACAUGUGUCUCCAUAUUCAGAGGGUGAAAAAAGCCCAUCUUCCCAUCCACACAGCAAAAGAGAAGCAGAAUCAGCCUUCAGGAAAGAUGCCAAAAGGUUUUGGGAUCUUUUUAUGUUGAAAACUAAGUCGAGGUCUGAAGAAGUUGUCCUUCCCAUCAAGACCAAUGAGAUGUAUGAGGAGAUUUGCAGCACUCUGCCAUUUUCUCAGAGUAUUGUGUACGAGAAUUGUGAGACGGUGGUGAUGCAAAACAACUUGUGCUUUGGGAAAUGCAGUUCCUUCCAUGUUCCUGGCCCUGAAGAUCGCCUUUAUACCUUCUGUUCUCACUGCUUACCCACCAAGUUUUCCAUGAAACAUUUGGAGAUGAACUGUACCAGGGCUGCUCCUCUGUUCAAGGUGGUUAUGAUUGUAGAAGAAUGCAAGUGUGAGGUUCAGAAGAUUAAAGAUCCUGAGAUAGGAUUUCUGCACUCAGAUGUGCAUGCAAAUGUAUAUGAACACAACUAAUCCUUUCAAAGCUAGCUAUAUUCUUCCCAUUGACAAGGAGAGACAAGAUGUCCAUUACACAUGCCACUACUACAUCUUGUUCUGUUUUUAUAAAGUCUUGACACUUUUAUAAAGUCUGAUAUGUAUGGUUCUCUUGUAUAAAACAGACAGUGCCUAAAGGAGCUGUUGCUGUAUGUUGGGUGGGUCAUCACUUUUACACUUCAAUCCAUGUAUCUCGGAUAUGAUCACUGUUACACUUCAUGUUUCUUAGAUAUGAUCCAUGUAUCACAGAACUAAAAAAAAUAAGGCAUCCUGACUCCAAGAAUUUUUUGUUUAUUGACAACAUAUCCUGUACCUUAUACUCGGUACCUUCACUCAUAGAUAAUUUAACUCAGUGUACGAACCAUUAACUAGUUUAACUGUAUCACCCUUGGACAUUUCUUUUUACAAAUGAGCAGCUGAUCACUUUUUGUGAUCUGGUGCUAUCAAAAUAUUGGAUUUUAAAGGAAAAAACUAAAUAUGGGAGAAAAUAAUAAUUAUGAUCUGUUAAUGGUGGACCAAUCUUAAUAAGAUAG